GAACCUGUAGCAGAGCCACUGUCUUCACUAGCUACACUAUCAGUGUCUGGAUUAAGUGCAUUCGAUAAUCCGGAUACACCCGGCGUUGAGCCAACCGAUAUCGCAUCUUCUGCAAAUUGA